AUGGCACCCGAUAUAACUCAAGCAGCGCCAUAUACAAAGCCGAAGCGCAAACGAGAGCAAGAAGACGAGGGGGAACGCCCGGAGAAAGCUUCAAACGUCCAAACCAGCGCGGAGGUUCCGAGCCGCAAGCGAAAAAAGCGCAACAAGGCGAAACAACCAGUCGAUGAUGUGAAGGAUGCGGAGAGAAAGGAUGGAAUUGAUGAAUCAAUUGGAAAAAUGGAUGGGAAGCUUUUGGCGGACUAUUUUGCGCAGAAGGCGAAGCGGCAUAAUAAAGACUUAACGGCAGUUGAGCUGGAUGACAUCUAUAUACCCGAUUAUGCAUUCCUUAAUACAUCGUCCUGGCAAUCACCGCGAACCCUCGAACAUUUACCUUCCUUCCUCAAGAAGCACAGUCCGAAGAAGGGAUCGACGCUCUUCCAGUCAUCAGAGUCGAAGGGCAGCCCUCAUACCAUUGUGAUCACACUUGCUGGUCUCAGGGCUGCAGAUAUGACAAGGGCAUUGCGAGAAUUCCAGAACAAGGACUCCGCUGUUGGGAAGUUGUUUGCUAAACAUAUUAAGCUCGCCGAGGCCCAGGAGUUUGUGAAAAAGACAAGAAUUGGAAUAGGAAUCGGAACCCCAGUCCGUUUAAACGAUCUGAUAGACACAGGAGCCUUAAAACUCGAUUCAUUGAAGCGAAUCGUAAUUGACGGUUCGUAUAUUGAUCAGAAAAAGCGAGGCAUAUUCGACAUGAAAGAUCUGCAUUUUCCACUGCUCAAAUUCCUUAAUCGUGCAGAUUUGCGAGAUCGAUAUAAAUCGAGAGACGAUAAGGUUGAGAUAUUAGUUUUCUGAGGGGAUCCCGUCUAUCCCUGAGGUUAUGCUAUUUCGGGAAAUGCCUGUCAAUAGGCAGCACAAGCGAACUGGAUAUCUGUCGCAGUACGAUUUCAUUAUACAAAGCAUUCCUGAGGGGCUUGUCAGGCUUCACGCUCUAGAAUAUGUGCAAACGCGAAAGCCCAUUUGACGAAGCGGCCUCGCUCAAUGCACUCCCGAUAUCCGCGAGAUGCGACGGCUUCGGAGCCCGCCCUAGGCCAGCAAAGACCGCUCUAUACUGAUAUCAUAUCACUGUCUGAAAUGCAGAAAUUGAAUUGGCCUAGGCUUGGUUUCUUUUC